AGGAGAGACUGAAGCAUGAAGAACAAUUCAAACUUACUCCAAAGGGUUUUAAAUAUCCUCACCACGGAGAUCAAAAGUAUAUUCUGCCACAACAGCAUGGUAGACCGCAUUGCGGCCAUGCUGAACUACUUUCUGUUGCAUUUGGUUUUACCGCGCAAGGAGCGCUUCAAAGUAAAGGACAAGAAGGAGUUCGACUUUGAGCCGGCCCAAACGGUGCUGGAAAUCUCGCACAUCUACAUCAAUCUAAGCACCGACGACUGCUUCUGUCUGGCAGUCUCCCAGGACGGUCGCUCCUACAGCGACCAGCUCUUUGGCUUCGCCGAGAACAUUCUCAUAAGGAUCGGCGGAGGCCAGUUGAUCGGCGACAUGUCCGAGUUUGCGGCCAAGGUCAAGAAAAUGGGGGAUCAGUACAAGGAGGAGCAAGAGUUGCUGGCCGAUGCCCCAGAGGAGUACUUGGAUCCGAUUAUAUCCAGCCUGAUGACCGAUCCCGUCAUUCUGCCCAGCUCCAAGGUUACCGUCGACCGGUCCACCAUCGCCCGCCACUUGCUGAGCGAUCAGACAGAUCCCUUCAACCGUGAGCCCCUAACCAUGGACAAGGUCAAGUCCAAUGAGGCCCUCAAGCUGGAGAUCGACCAAUGGAUCGAGGGCAAGCGUAGUGCGGCACGCUCCAAGAGCUGAGCGAAUACUAUCUAUAUAAUUGUGCAGGCACAACCAAAGAGUGCGCUCGCUCCAGGGGGAAAAGGGGACAGGAGAGGUCAGGACAGGACAGGAUCGGGCUAUAGUCAAUUUUACAUAUAUUUUCCAUUAGGAUAAUUCCAUUUUGCUCAUACAUUCUUUGUGUAUGUAAAUCUGUGUACAGUUAGAGUUCUUGAAAUUUUAUUCUUAUUCGCUCUAAUUUUAUUUACUCUGUUUCGGUUGCAUAAAUGUUUCUAUAAUCCCAAGAA